AUGGAUAGCAGUAUGCGCUCCAGUGUAUCUUCCUACGGGGACCCGCGGUACCUGUCGACAAUGACCGCCUCCGAUGCCCCGGCCCCCGUUGCGCCGCUGGGCAAGUCGCUGGUCGAUGGGUAUCGGGAUUCACUCGACCCCCAGCACGAUGACCGGUCGCGUUACAACCCGCUAAACACGGCCCACCCGCGAAGCUCGGCUCUCCUGAAUGCCAACGACCCCGUCGCCCUGUACCUGUUGACCGAGACCGCGAUUGGGGACAGCAUAAAUUACGAAGUAUUGUCUUUUGAGGAGGUGGAGAAUCUGAAGAAGGAAGCCAGCGUACUCUCGAGCCGGAUCGUAGGCACACGGCGGAAAUUGGCGCUGGAGACCAAAUUGCGGGAUGCGGCGCAAUCGCUCGGAAGGCUGUACAGCCCGCCCAGUCCGCGCAGCAGCGGCGAAUAUGCUGGCAACACACACCGGAGGAGCCGGAGCAUCUUCGGUCGCAGUGGGACUUCGGAGGCCCUCGACAAGAGCGACUCCGAGCUUGCGGUGAGCCAGCGGCGAUGCGAGCAGCUCGCGCAGGAACUCUGGAGGCUGGAAGGGAGGUCCCAGAAGAUCAACCAACGGCUGCUGGAACACACAGCGGGUGUGCUUCAGAUGACACACAAGGGCCUAAAAAAAGGGCCCAAGAACGCGGCUUUGGAUAACGCUUAUGACGAACAUGAAUUCGACGAUCGGAGUCUCUACCGGACCAACGAACAUUUGGAUCAAUUCGGUGUACAUGGAAAGGUCCAGUCUGGAUUCGCACCCGCGAACACCGAAGCCAUGCAGGCCAUGGAGAGACGAUUGGAGGACAUCAGCGAACGCAUGCAUGAUAUGAUGAUUCAGUCCAACCCCGGGGAAUUUAUCGACCCCCCCUCCGCAGCCAACGGUAUCGAAACCAUCGCCCUCCACAAGGAAACCGUCCGUUCUGCCCCUGGUGCUUCCGAGGUCGCCCCAGAAGCGGAGGGUGCCUGGAAGUUCCAAAUCACCGAGAUCAACAACCGCGUGCAGACUAUCGGACUGGAAGAACAGCUCGCAUACCUCCGCACUGGUGUCGACGGACUAGAGAGCCGAGUCGAUGGAGUAUUGGAGCAGAAGAGCAUCCUCACCACGCAGAUCCAGCAGCAACGUGAACUCAACUCCAAGUCCGAUGCAGAACGAGAUGCUCACAUCGGCGACUUGACGGAGAAGUUAACAAACGUCCGCAGAGACCUUGAGGUCUCUGAGCGCGAGGCCAACGCCAGUCGUGAUGAACUGGCUUUGGUCAUGGAGCAACUAGAGGCAAUGCGCCACAGUGGUUCUUCCCAAGAAGAAUCCAAGGCUGCUUUGGUCCAGGCGGAGGGUGAAGUUGCACGCUUGCAGAGUGUGCUCACUUCAUUGCACAGCGAGGCCGAUGCCCGAGCCAUUGAAGUGAGCGAAGCUCGGGAUGCCCAAGAUCAUGCCGAAACCGAGCUCAAACGCCUCCAUGCCCACCUGGAGUCAUUGCAAAGAGACCAUGACACCCGAGCGGUGGAAGUCAGCGAUGCCCGCGACCGUGCCGAAGGCGAAGCCAAGCAACUGCAAACCGAACUUGAGACCCUGCGAAAUGCCACAGACUCCAAGAGCGAGGAAGCCAAGGAAGCCCGGGAACACGCCGAGAGCGAAGUCCAGCGCUUGGAGGCCGUGAUCGUUACUAUGCAGUACGAGGCUGACUCUCGUUCUGAAGAGGCCCGGGAAGCUCGCGAGCUCGCGCAAGAGGAAGUUCAGCGAUUGCAUCUCGAUAUUGAAACUUUGCGAAAUGACACCGGUUCUCAGAGCGAAGCUAGCAAGGUGGCCCUUGAUCGUGCGGAGGGUGAGGUCCAGCGUCUGGAAGCCGUCAUCGUUUCUAUGCAAGGUGAAACGGAUUCGAGAUCUGCCGAGGCCAGAGAGGCCCAGGACCAUGCGGAGAGCGAGGUCCAGCGCUUGGAGGCUGUCAUUGCCACGAUGCAGCACGAGUCCGAUUCUCAAUCUACACAGGUUCGGGAAGCUCGAGACCACGCAGAGAGUGAGGUACAACGCCUGGAGGCUGUCAUCGUCACGAUGCAACACGAAUCGGAAGCUAGGUCCAAGGAGAUCAAGGAAGCCCGCGACGACGCAGAAGAUGAAGUCAAGCGAUUGCAAACUGUCAUCGAGUCUCUUCAAACCAACAACAGCGCCAACGAGGAGCUCAAGGAGGCUCAUAGUCGCGCCGAGAGCGAAAUCCAGCGUCUCCAAGGAAUUAUUGACACCACCCAGAACGACGCUGGUACUAGAUCUGAGGAGAUUAUUGGCGCUCGUGACCGCGCCGAACAAGAAGUGGCUCAGCUCGAAGCCGCCAUUCAAAAGAUCCGCAGUCAGUCUGAAACUCGCAUUCAGGAAGCAGACAAUCAGCGCGCACAGUCUGAUGAGACCGUGGCUCGCCUGCAGAAUGAGAUGACUGAACUCGAAGGCGAGAUUGUCCGGGUCACCACCGAGUUGACAAUGGUCAAAGCAGAGCUUGAUGGUGCGUAUGGUACCAGGGCCCAGCGUGCGGCGGAAGUCACUGCCGACCCCAGUAUCCAGAGAGAGAACGAUGCUCUGGUUACCCGGAACAUUGAGCUUACUGAAGAGCUUGCUAUCAUCAAGAGCCAACGCGGAGGUGGAGAUCUCCAACAGCGAGCGGACACUCUCGAAAGGGAGCUUCGGGAGACCAUUGAUGACUACGAGGCCAUGACCAAGGCCAGCAUCGAGUUUGAGAAGGAGCGCGAGAGGUUCGAAGGAUUCAUCGAUAGUCUUCGGGAUCGUUGCGAGCAGCUCGAAACUCAACUGGCGGAGGAACGGAUCAGUUGGAUGAACUUGAGUAGUCCCACAUCUGUUGGCCGUGAUGGUGCUUCCGAGACAACAUCAACGAUGGUGCUGAAGAACGAGUUCAAGAAGAUGAUGCGCGAUACACGCAAUGAGAAUAUGAAGAUAUUGAGGGUGAGCUUUGAUUUUCCUCCCCGGUUGACUGUCCACUAA